AUGAAACGAAAAGAUAUAUCGGUUAUGUCGUCUUAUGAAAGAAUGGACGACGACGAGUUUGCUCGAAUCUGUUCAGAUGAUCAAAAGAUGAACGUAAUGUACAGUUCAUUGCGAGACAAAUCGGUGAAUCCACAAUCCUGGCAACAAAAGAUGAAUUUUUGGCAAGAAGCCAUCACUCGCCACUGCCACCAGUAUGGAUUGGUCAUCAUCGAACAGGCUAGUCUGGCCAAGCAGUUGACUCGUAACGGACGGACCCCUCAGUGCCUAGACGCAGUCAUUGCAGAAAUGAAACGGUCUGGAAAAUUGAAGCCAUUGUCUGCUGUGGAAUCUGAAGGGGCUGCUGUUGGCUGGCUUUAUUGGGGUUACUCAAAGUUUAUUAGAAACCCACUAUCUUGGGCAGUGGGUUUAGCUAGCAGCAUGAUUGUAAAAAACAACAAAAGUCAAGAAGAAUGCAUGAUGGAAGUCUUGAAGAAAAAAGCUGAUCAUUUGUUAGAUAGCCAUUUGGAGAGAGUUCGAACACAUCAUGAACAAGACUUAAUUGAUUAUGACCAUUUAAUGGAGCUGUAUGCAGAUUUGUGCAAAGACAAAAGGGAAUUACCAUUGCUUAUAUCUCAUUUAGUAAAACAGAAAAAAGCUCUCAUUGUACCACAGAGCUCAUCUAAUCAAAAACCUCUGAUCAAGUUUACUCAGAAUAAAAAUGUCAGUGUAUCACCAGUGAAAUAUACAGAUUUAAAAAUAUAUCAAAUACAAUGUGUAGAGAAGCGAUUGGAGAAACAAGUACACACUCUCACAGAAGAUAUCAAGAGGUUAACAGAAGAAGCAAAAGGCCAUGUACAGACAAAAUCACGUCAUUUGGCUCUUCAUACACUAAGAAGAAAAAAGAACCAUGAACUGAUUCUUGACAAGAAACUUGCCACACUAGAUAUCCUCCAUGAGUUGGUGUUCAAAAUUAAAAAUGUUUCUUCUGAUCAGCAGGUUUUGGAGGCUUAUGAAUGUGGAGUUGCUGCUAUGAAAGAAUUGACCAAAGACAUCAACCUUGAAAAAACAGAGAAUGUUAUUGAUGAACUUCAUGAUACUUUCAAUGAACAUGAAGAAGUCAAUCAGCUGCUAGCCAAUACAACAUUAACAGGAGAUGCAAAUGUGGACAUGAAAGAGUUAGAGAAAGAACUUGAUGAGUUAAUGAAAGAAGACAAACCGAACACAGAAGAGGAUGAUUUAGCAGCAACUUUUGCUGGACUUGGAAUCAAAGAUAAUGAAUUUCCACAAGUUCCUGCAGAGUCUCCUUGCCCUCGGUUGAAUGAAUCAACCAUAUCUAUCAGCCCUUCCUUGCAGGAAGAAACGAUGCCACUACUGGAUGAUGAAGAAGAAGAGGAGGAGGAGGAAGUAAAGGAAAAAGCAGAAGAGAUACAUCCUAAAGUCGCUUUUUCUCCCCAAAAUGGCAACACUGGUAAAUCAACUGCAGUGGCUGUCCCAGCUUCCUGA